CGUCUCCCAAGAAGCGACCCAGCCUACGACUCAUAGACAUCCACGGCUGUCAGCACGUCGCGUACCGCAAUAACAGGAUAAUGACAAUGCCAUGGGGCAUUCACCCCAUGCACCACCUUUCCCACAAGAAGCUGGUCAAAGUUUCGUAAGCGCGACCAACGCCAUCACAGACACAGCCCAUUUGUGUCAUGCUCUGUAUCAGGAAGGGCUUCUCAAUGUCCCACACCAAGGAACAAGAUCUACGCUUGCUCCUCCGUCUACUAUCAAAACGGCACGCAUCAGUGAACAGCACAGUUGUCCCGCAGCAAUCCCGCAGCUACUCCUCGCCGGCUCCUCUCCUCCCUCCGUGGAACGCUCCGGGUCCCAAUCCUCCACCGUGUCCAGCGGAUCGACGAAUCCCGGCUGGAGCGAGGGAAUAUCCUCAUCGAGGACCGGCGCGACGUCCUCGAGUUUCGCCAAUCUAUGGAGGCGCUUCUUCUCGUCGGGCGAGACCGAACGCGGACGAUUCACCUUGCGCGAGUAGUGCACGUUGUUGACCGUGGAUUGGGAAGUCUGUACUGGAGCGAAUAAUAGCUCGGGCCCCUUGCGCUUGUUUUUAAGAACUCGAGCGGCAGUUUUGUGGGACAAUACCACCAGAGACAGCACAAGGCUCUCCCACCGACAGCAUGGACAGCGUCGUUUGAGCGUCAAACUCGGCCUUUUGUGGAGGCAUCGAGAUAGUUCUUGGGAACCAGCUGUCACUGUGGCU